UGAACCUGGCAGUAGCCCUUUCACGUCACAUGCGCCUGCAGGUGGGGCUACUAGACGCGGACGUGUUCGGCCCCUCACUGCCCAAGCUCCUAGGCUUGGACACUGCCGGCCGCCCCCAGCUCGCAUCCCCCUCCCCCAACGCGCGCAUGCUGCCGCUGCAGGCGCACGGUGUGCUCUGCAUGUCCAUGGGCUUCCUCAUGCCUGCUGACGUGGCGGCCGUGUGGCGCGGGCCCAUGGUGAUGGCGGCGGUGGAGAAGCUUGUAAGGGGGACGGAGUGGGGGCGGCUGGACGUGCUCGUGGUGGACAUGCCGCCCGGCACGGGGGACGUGCAGCUCAGCAUGAGUCAGCGCGUCCGGCUCUCAGGAGCGGUGGUGGUGUCUACACCACAGGACCUCGCACUGAUGGAUGCGCGGCGGGGAGUGACCAUGUUCCGCCAGGUCAACGUGCCGGUGUUGGGAGUGGUGGAGAACAUGAGUUACUUCACCUGCCCGGCCUGCUCCCACCGCUCCACCAUCUUCGGCCAUGGAGGGGCCAGGCAGGCUGCUGCUGACUUGGGGAUCGAGUUCCUCGCAGAGGUGCCUCUCCUGCCGUCCAUCCGCAGUCGCUCAGACAGCGGCCUCCCCGUUGCUCUCGGCGCCUCUGCUGCUGCUUCAAGCGGGAGAGACGGUGGGGUGGCAGAAGGUGCGGCAGCUGUAGGCAGGGCAGCAGAAGGUGGGGGAGCAGCAGAAGGUGGGGCAGAUGCAGGGAGUGGUGGGGCAGAGGCGGCAGUGGUGGCGACAUAUGAGAGCAUGGCGAGGAGGGUGUGGGAGAAACUGGAGGAGCAAGCACAGGCGGGUGGAGGUGUGCAGGGGCCAACGAUUGUUAAUGAUUGA